AUGCAAAGCGCUUGGAAGGACGAGCGCUAUCCGCACAAGCGGCUGUGCUCCAUUCUCCGGAGGUUCGUCGAUCUAGGCGGUGGUGACGCUCUGUUCUUUGCAGGGCGUAAAGCACUUCUCCUUGAUGAAACUAUACUUGCGAAUUGGCGUAGUAAUGGUACUGUUGAUGAAGGCGAAUUGGCUAUUUUGAAGGAAUUGGCUUUGUCCAUUGAACGAGGCAGAGGUUACCUAAGAGCAGACGAGUUACAAUGGAAUCCUGGUUUUGAAGACUAUGGAGAUAUAAUUGCAGAGCUGUCUACAGAAGGAAGAGGUCCUAAGCGUAGCAAUGUAUUUGUACCCACUGAGAAAGGCAACAUGAAGUUGAUGCGCUGUAUUUCUGGAUCUACACUUGUAACUAAGGCAGUUGGAGAUGAUUGUGACACACCUGAUAUGAAAUGA